AUUAGAAACGGAGUGAAGUUGUUAUUGUGUGGACGUUUAUCGACUACGAGAGGUUAUCUCAUUCGUCGCCGCACAGUCGCUUAAGCUAUACUUACUUGUGCAACUAUGUGAAAUAAAACCGAAAUGCGUUUUGUAUUCUUGUUAUUAUUAGUUUUGUGUUUGUUGUGCGUGAGUGUACCUGUGCUGUGCUCCGACAUGAUCGUCGGCGACACUGUCCAUCGGAAAAUGAUUUUCCAUCAGAGGAUCAAAGAUUUUGCAAUACCCUUCAAAAAGAGAGUAAAGACUUUAACGUUUAGUGAUCCAGAAAAACGAAAGAUAAAGGGUGUAGCAGUGGUCGAUAAUGACUUCUCCCAUGCAAGUGCCAAUAUAACUGAAGGUGGAGUAGGAUAUUCUUACGUCACAGUUCGAAUGAAAAGCCAGAGGCAUCACCCUCUUAACUUCGAAGUGGAAAUAUACGUCUAGUCAGAGACGGGAUCUGAUCACAAAGGACUGUACAAACAGCUUUAAAAUCUAACACGGUGAAGUGACGGGACACUGAUGUGCUAAAUGAUGCAAUACUUUUAGCAAUAGUUAUAGAAAUAAGUGUUAAUAAGGAUCAUAUUAGCUUAACUGUUUUCCUUUGUAAUUUUAUUGAUCUGCCACCAAAUAUAAUUAGCAUCUUAUUAGUCAUUUCAAAACAAGAAUUGGUAAUCUUUUGUGAAUAUAGUCUCUCUAUUAGGUAAGCAUGCCAAAAGUUAAUGUAAUGUUUAGUUUAGUAAGAACUAUUGUGUCUUUGUAUACAGCAAGGUACUGAUGCCAAAGGAGAAGGGUAUCCCUAUAGCGGGAUGACUAAGCGACACCGCCGUCUCGCCUAAUGUCACUAUUAGUAGCAGACGGACAAUACUGUCAUUUAGUUUGUAGGCUAACACCAUUAGUUGAUACCAUGCAGUAAAUGUAUAAAUGAACUAUGUAUGAUUCACUAUACAAACUAUAAAUAGAUUUAAUACGUUUGGCACAUUUUUGUUUAGAUUUGGGGUAAUCUGAAUGCUUCUCAUUGUUAAUGAUCUUGUACCUAUUGUUCACAGAUCUAAAGAAUCAAUACAGAAUAAUCAGGCUAAAUAUCUGCUUCUAUACAAUAGUACAAAGUAAAUACAUCUAUCAACAAUGAAUUGUUCUCAAAAGAAACAAAACAUUUUAUAGAAAGCUAUACUAGAACACUUCAAUUCCAAUUAUGAAUAAUAUAAAUAUUUUAAACAUUUAGUAUACUUGUAGAAACCUAUCGUCUGCUUGUCAAUCAGUCGGUUCUAAUAGGUAGGCACUUGAUAGUUUAUUAUGGUUUAAUGGGACAAGUGCCAAAGUAAUACCAAGUCACUUCGUCCAUAUUUGGCUUUAGGAAAACGAUUGUUUCAAAACAAUAGAUCGCCAUAUAGUGAUUGAUGAUAGUUCUAAUAAACAAAUGCACAUUACCCACGUACUAUUGUUGAUGUUUAAUUACAUUGGAAUGUGUUCUUGAGAUGUUUAGUACUACAUUGAGAGCUUGUCUUGUCAGUUUAUUUGUAAGCGAGUGAUCAGGCUUACUAAUAAACUAACAUUUUCAUACAACACAAUGUCUUCUAAUAGUGAAGACGUUUUGAUAUCUACGAGUUCGACUUCGUAAGAGCAUAAGACACUAACUUUCAAAGAGCAGAAUAUUUCCAUGUACGUUUUGAUAAAAAUGGCUCAGACAACAAGAUUAACUAGCGUUUCAAUUAAUAGUAUAGAUAUUUUUCUAAACGACGACAACCUUUCGUUUAAUAGGUAGCCUGAUUUAUGUCGAGGUUUUUCCUUAAACAGCUGAGCAAAUAUUAGACAUUUUACAGACGUAUUUCAUGACGUGAUUGGUUUAAUGCAGUAAUUUGUCCUGAUUUUAUAAGUUGGAAAUAGGUAAGUAGGUAUCAAAUCCUGGCAUCAUUCGAUCAAAGAGCUAGACUAUACAUUGAAAGGCUAUUUAAACUAGCUGACUGACACGUACACAUUAAUGUUAACCGACUUCCUUAAAAUUUGUCGAUCUUCCCGUAUAAUCGUUUUUCAGACCAAAAUUUUAACCAUAUUGUAAUAUUUUAGGGAUUUCUUAUAGGUAUACAUAAACGGGUUAUCAUUUUGAUAUAAAAGGCUAAUAAAUUUUUUUCUUUCCCUACGUGAUACAAUUCACUAAACAUACCUGUUUAUGUAACUUCUAACUACUCGGAGUACAUUUUGGAAUGUUUGCUGUUUAUAUUUACAUUGUCUUAGAUGAUAAACAUUGAGAUGCGUUCAUGGUCACGUUUACAACUAGAACUUAGCAAGAUCACCCAUCUAACUAAGAUCUUAUUUCGGUGCCAUAGAGGCUGUUUUAGAGUGAAUUUUGUAUAUGAGUGAAUCAAUAGUAUUGUCUUGUCAAUAACUGUUUCGUAUUUACUAAUAACAAAAUAGAUUAUAGUAUAAGAUUUCACAUUAAAUUGAAAUAGGAAUAAUUAUUUAACGAAUGUUUAACCUUCCUUACGCUCGUUCGUAAGUUAGUGGCUAACAGUUCGUUAUUAGGAACUAUUUUAGUAAUAAGUAUUUUUAAGUUAGUAUAUUAUCAUUGGUCGCAAGUGCAACUAGCUAGCUUAAGGGUUGGAUUCUCAAAUCAGGCUAUUAAAUUAAUUAUUGGGUAGGUAUCCUUUCCAAAAUUCUCACUUACAACUGAGUCUGUAAUUCUAAUAGAUUCGUUCAAUAUUAAAAUCUAAUUAUUGCAUAACAUAAUUGGAGAAAAGGUAUUUUAAUGUAAUGUUUAUUUGGUUUCAGAGGUUAAAAAGAAAUAUUAUCAAGGGUUUAGAUUACGUUAUAUCAAAUUGUUAAUAACUAAAAGCUGUUUUUUGGAACAAACAGGCUAGGUAGGGAAUGGGCUAGGUGCUAAAAAAUAAGGUCUAUAAUUAGGCAAUUCCAAUAAUGUUCUGUUUAAGGAAUAUUAUGUAAACAAAAUUUUGGUGUCUAGAACUGUUAUAUCAUGCAUAAUUUUAUCAUAGAUAUUUUAAUAUAUUGCCUUAUUUAUUAGGUAAUACGUUCAAAAGAUAUAAUCUUAUUGAAAUAAGAAUGUUAUAUGAAUUAUUAAUAGUUCCUUGAGUUAUGUUUAUUAUGUCAAACUGUAUAAAUAAAUAAAUGAAUAUUAUAAUAAUGUUG